GACACAGCCAAACCUUGCAGAGCAUGUAGGAGGUGGGGAGAAGAGAAUGGAAAGGCAGGAGGGAAAAGAAAUACAGGGCUUGUCUUCGCUCCUGACGUCACCCCUGUCCUUUUUUUUUUAAAAGACCGAGACAAAAGGCCAUCAAUGCUUUUAUGUAUGGAUCAGCUGGGUCGGUGUGCAACCUCAUCCCUCCCUACCACUGAUUCUGCACCGCACUGAACUCCAACUGUCUCCAAUCAAUGCAUUUAACACCGCUACCCAGGGAUGAGGUGCCUCUUAUAUUGGAUUCUAACAGCUGUCUCCAUCUGUCAGGUCAUUUCACAAAACACGACCACAAUGCCUCCAACCCCUGCUGUUACAGAAGAGUAUGUUCGGGUCCAGUACUGUAAGUGGCCAUGUGAGUGCCCCCCGACCCCCCCUGUGUGUCCCCCUGGGGUCAGUCUGGUCACAGAUGGCUGCGACUGCUGCAAGACCUGCGGCAGGCAGCGAGGAGAGAACUGCACGGAGGCAGACACGUGUGACCCCCACAAAGGACUUUAUUGUGACUACAGCAGGGACAUGCCUAGGUACGAAGUAGGUGUCUGCGGACAGAUGUCAGGGGUAGGUUGUGUUCUCAACGGUGUGCGCUAUGUAAAUGGACAGAGCUUCCAACCCAACUGCAAGUACAACUGCACGUGUCUGGAUGGCGCUGUGGGUUGCGUCCCGCUGUGUGUAAACUCCCGUCCACCUCUUGUCUGGUGCCAGAACCCCAAGCGGAUUAAGCUAGCAGGAAAAUGUUGUGAGCAAUGGGUUUGUGAUGACUCCAAGAGGUUCCGAAAAGCGUCUCCCCGCCAUAUUGCUUCUCCAGUUUAUCGUGAAGAGACUGAAACCUGGCAAAAGAACUGCAUCACCCAGACAACUCCAUGGAGCCCAUGUUCUAAGACGUGCGGAAUGGGGAUAUCUACACGCAUCUCAAACGAUAAUGACAAGUGUAAACUCCAUACAGAGAGCCGCCUGUGCAACCUGAGACCCUGCGAGGUGGACAUCACACAGCACUUUCGGCCGGGCAAAAAAUGUUUAGCAGUUUACCGUGAACCAGAAUCGAAGAACUUCACCAUCUCAGGCUGCAUAAGUAGAAGAGCCUACAGACCCAAAUACUGCGGCGUCUGCACCGAUGACCGAUGCUGCACACCCUACAAAUCCAAAACCAUCAAAGUCCAUUACGACUGCCCUGACGGCACCAGCAUCUCCUGGAACGUCAUGUGGAUCAACGCUUGCUUCUGUAACCUCGGCUGCAAAAAGAUUAAUGACAUUUUUUCAGAGCUGGUGAGCUAUCACGACUAUACGGAAAUAAUGAACUGAUUUAUUCAGGAAAUAAAAGACCAAAGAGAAAAAAAAAGUUUCAUUAUUGGAAACAAUCAGGGGAAGAGACGUACUAUGCUAUUAUCGGUGCUUUCACAUGCGUUGUCUCAGGGCUGUGUAAUUUAAUAUCCAGCUGCCUAAAUUAUUAUCGUUUUUAAAGCACUUCUGUAUGAAGAUUUUACAAUGUAUAAAGUGUAAACUAUUAUUCUUGCUUUUUUUGAAUGUGUACAAAGCUAAAAAGUUUAUUCACAAUGACACUUUUUGCAAUUA